CCGUCCUCUCUGCCCCAGAGACAUCCUGAUCACCAGCCUGGACUCGGCCACCACCUUCGACGAGCUCUGUGAGGAGGUGAGGGAGAUGUGCCGUCUGCACCAGGACCACCCGCUCACCCUCAAGUGGGUGGACAGUGAAGGUGACCCCUGCACUGUGUCCUCCCAGAUGGAGCUGGAGGAGGCCUUCCGCCUGUCCUGUCAGCACAGGGACGAAGGUCUCAUCAUUCACGUUUUCCCCAGCAUCCCCGAGGAGCCAGGCAUGCCCUGUCCGGGAGAAGACAAAUCCAUCUACCGCCGCGGAGCCAGAAGAUGGAGGAAGCUGUACCGCGCCAACGGCCACCUCUUCCAAGCCAAGCGCUUUAACAGGAGAGCGUACUGCGGCCAGUGCAGCGAAAGGAUAUGGGGGCUCGCGAGGCAGGGCUACAGGUGCAUCAGCUGCAGACUGCUGGUCCAUAAGCGCUGCCACGCGCUCGUCCCGCUGCCCUGCAGAAGGCAUAUGGUGAGUGUGGCGGGGCAGGCAGGGUGGGGCAGGGCGGGGCCGUCCACACCAGCCUGGUGCCGUGGUCCCCCUCUGUCCUGUGGGGACCUGACACCGUCCCUGCCACCCACCAGACCAGGGGACGGGAUGGACCCCUCUUCCCCAGCCCUGUGA